AUGUUUCCCACUAGAGCCAAUCUACUCAGAGCGAGCAGCAGAGUUGACAUCAACGUAUUAGUACCAAUAAAGCGCUGCAUAGACUACGCUGUGAAAGUGCGCGUUAAUCCAGAUGGAAAAGGCGUGGACAACACAGUCAAGCACUCGAUGAAUCCUUUCGACGAGAUCGCCGUAGAGGAAGCUAUAAGGCUGAGGGAGAAGAAUAAAGACCUCGUUGACUCCAUCACCGCUAUCACUGUCGGGCCACAGAAAGCACAGGAUACUCUGCGUACAGCACUCGCAAUGGGCGCAGAUAAGGCAAUUCACGUACAAGUCGGUGACCAGCACAACGUAGAGCCAUUGCAAGUCGCAAAGACUCUCAAACACUUUAUCAAUAGGGACAAAUUUGAAUUGGUUUUGAUGGGCAAGCAGGCUAUAGAUGGCGAUGAGAACGCCACGGGUCAAAUGCUCGCUGGUUUGCUCGACUGCGGUCAGGCUACAUUUGCGUCAUCACUGCAAAUUGCAGAUGGAAAGGCAACAGUCACAAGAGAAAUCGACGGUGGAUUGGAAACAGUCCAGGGUAACCUCCCAAUGAUAGUUACUACAGAUCUCAGAUUGAAUGAGCCACGCUACGCCUCACUGCCAAAUAUCAUGAAGGCUAAGAAGAAGCCAAUUGAGAGCGUCAAAGAGACAGAGCUUCCAUUCGAUUUGAAGAACAGACUCGAGACUGUCAAGGUGGCUGAGCCUGCCCAGCGCACCGGUGGUCAGAAGGUCGACAGCGUGGACGACGUUGUGCAGAAGAUGAAAGAGAAAGGACUGAUUUGA